AGAUUACUAUUUUUUAAACUUUUUUUGUUACGGAAGCUGUAUCAAACGGUUGUUUGUCAAAAUGGUGCGCUGUAGUGAGGAAGAAACUUAUCUUUACGACCCAAACAUCUUGCUGCAACUAAACUUCCACCAAAGUCCAGCUAAGUUUGAACCGUUUAUAUCAGCUGCAUAUCCUGGAGAAAAUUGGCUCAAAGUACGCCCACUAAAAGAUGGUGAUUAUGAUCGUGGUUUCCUGCAACUGCUUUCACAACUCACCGAAGUGGGGCAUAUUACGCGCACGCAGUUUUUGACACGCUUCUCUCAGAUGAAAGCCAACGGAGAUUACUAUGUUACUGUGAUCGAGGAUACACGCAAGAAUGAGAUUAUCGGCGCAGCUUCGUUAAUUGUAGAACGGAAAUUCAUACACAAUUGCGCGAUACGUGGCCGCUUGGAGGAUGUGGUCGUUAAUGACACGUACCGCGGCAAGCAACUUGGCAAACUUAUUGUGGUAACUGUAAGCCUAUUGGCUCAACACAUUGGCUGCUAUAAAAUGUCAUUAGACUGCAAGGAUAAGUUGAUUAAAUUCUAUGAAUCUCUUGGUUAUGUACUCAUACCCGGCAACUCUAAUUCGAUGACAAUACGCUAUGAUGAGGGACCAGCUGCUGUGCGACACAAUAACACAGCGCUGAGCGGUAGCGAUGCCAACAACACUAGUCAAACUGUGAGCCUCGAUUUCGCUUCUUGACAAUUAGCCGCCAGUACCGCUCCUAAAUCGAAAUUGUAAACGCUUGUAACACAUAUAAUUGCUUAUGAAGAAAAGAGAACCAAAACUGUUUGAAAAAAAAAAAAAUGUUUGCUUCUUGUUUUGUAUUUUGGUUCUUUUUUGUGUUGGCGUUUAAAAUCUUGAUUUUAUUUGCAAAGCGCUCGUAAAAUGAUGAAAAUAAUGCGCUUUGCGGGCGGUGCUGGUAGGCGGUGGUGCCUUGCGACUGACACUUGAACUGGACGUAAAUCCUUCUUGUUUUACUCUUUUUAAAGAUUUAACAAUCAGUCAAGGCAUACUAUAAAAAAAUUACAUAUCUUUAUUUUUCUGUUUAUACAUUUUUUUUCUAUGUUUAUAAUUUAACCGUAUAAUUUGAUUUUGAUUUUUACUUGCAAACACGGCUGGCACUAAAAGGUAGUGGUUAUAUUACCGUUUAAAAGUACUUUUAUAAAAUAAGCUAGUUGUAAUAAACCAAAUGGUUAUCAUUUA